AUGGGUCAGAACAACGGGAAGCCUGUCGUUUUCACCGACCAAGUGAACCUCAAUCACUUUCGGCUUCUCCGCGUCGUUGGAAAAGGCGCCUUUGGGAAAGUCCGCAUCGUCGAGCGGAAGGACACCGGGCUCACCUUCGCCCUGAAGUACAUUCGCAAGGAUGAAGUCGUACGGUCGGAGAGCGUUCGAAAUAUCAUACGUGAACGACGGAUGCUCGAACACCUUAACCACCCGUUCCUCUGCAAUUUGCGGUACAGCUUCCAGGAUAUUGAAUACCUGUAUAUAGUAGUGGAUCUAAUGAACGGUGGUGACCUUCGAUUCCACAUCUCCAGAAAGACGUUCACGGAAGACGCGGUGCAGUUUUGGAUAGCAGAGUUGGGUUGCGCUGUCCGGUACAUCCAUCAGCAGGGUAUCGUGCAUCGAGACAUCAAGCCAGACAAUGUGCUGCUGGACUCUGAUGGCCAUGUCCACCUAGCUGACUUCAACGUGGCGUCGGACUUCAUCCCACACAAGCCUCUGACAAGCAAGUCCGGAACGCUGGCAUACCUAGCUCCCGAAGUCUACGAAGGCAAAGGGUACUCUUGUGAGGUCGACUGGUGGUCGCUAGGUGUGCUCUUCUACGAGUGCAUAUACAACAAGCGACCAUUCGAAGCGAGCAACCACGACUCGCUCUCCCAAAAGAUAUCUAAGGGAGAGCCCACUUUUCCCGUGACGAACCCACCAGUGUCGAUGCCCUGCUUACAUGCCAUUAGCUCGCUCUUGGAGAAGGACAGAAAGAAACGCAUUGGUGCGAUUGGAUUCGAGACUUUUGCAGACAACCCCUUUUUCCGCCCAAUCGACUUCGGGGCAUUGGAAGCGAAGGAGAUUGAGCCCAUCUUCAAGCCAUCGAGCGACAAGACCAACUUUGACGCUACAUAUGAUUUAGAAGAGCUGCUGUUGGAGGAGGCACCGCUUGAAGCGCGGGCAAGAAGACAGAAGCCCCGUGAGGCGCUUAAAGAUGAUGCCACGGAGCAGGAGAUCCGCGCAGAAGAGUUGCACAAGAUGAUCGAGACUCUGUUUGAGCCCUUCAAUUACACAACAGUAGCCGAACAACGCCCGGCCGCCAUUGCCGUUUCGGACGAUUCAACCGUAACCCACAUGAGCAACAACAGCGCAAACACCCCCACGUCGUCCCACUCUCCCCAAGAAUGGGGUGCUCGGCCAUUGUCGAAUUCGAAGAAUUCGCAGGACGAUCAGCUUCGACCCACGCGCUCGAUAACUAACCCUCGAUCAACAACUCAUUCAGCGAACGGAAGCCCUCCCCUCGCCGCUGCGGCAUUGAAUCAAUCGUCUGGUUCACCGUCGUCGCAACGGGGCGAGCGUGCUGAUUAUUUUCCCGCCAACGGCCCUGAGACAGGACCUCCCUCGUUCUCUCGCCCAAUGAACAACCGCCAGCGAGGAUCGACGCGCAGUACCAGCAUGGGCGGCGGUGUACAGGUAGUACUCAACGAGACCGGCUCGUGGUCCGAUAUGGCUAAUCAAAGCUCUAUGCUCGUGCAGAACCAAAACGCAGAGAAACCCACCGGCAUGCUCGGCUUCCUCAGCCGCAAGAAGGGUCGGGACAGGAGCCCGAAAGCGAAAGAGCGGGGCGUACUAGGAAAGGAGGGUGCCAGAGUCAUCAUCAGCAACACAUGA